CCCAGUAUCGAUACAUCGCUACGUUUGUGUACAGAACAUUAUAUUCAAUGGAGAAAAUUACUUAUUUCCACGCUAUCUUGUGAUGGAAUUAUGGAUAGAUGAAAAGUCGCCUGAUAGGCUAGAAAAAGUAGUGAAUGAAGAGUACAGCCACAGGUGGAAUGCCGUGUGAUGCUUGAGAAGAUUACAUUCGAUCUGGAGGUUUUCUGAAGAGGGACUUCUUCAUAUAUUGAAUGAAAUUAGGAUGGGCACGUUCGUGACCCUGGCAGAGGUGCUGGAGGCCCGGGGGUCACCUUUGGAGGAGGAUGAGGUGUGGCGUCUGCUUUUGGGCACCGCCGAGGCCUUAGCGGACAUCUCCCACAAAGGUCCUGGUAACAUGUGCAGUGUACUGAGCCCCGGCUCUAUGUUACUGUCAGCCAGUGGGAACCUUGCUUUUAAAAGCUGUGCCCGGUCUGGGGACUUGGGCUCCUUCACUGCUCCAGAGGUACAGGAUGGACACGCUGCCUCCAACAGGACAGCCUCAGAAAAGAUGGUUGUAUAUUCCCUAGGAAUGACCCUCUACUGGUCCGUUGAUUAUCAAGUACCUCAAAACCAGCCCAUUCAGCUGAGUGGCAAACUGAACAACCUGUUGCUGAGCAUGUGUGAGGACACGGUCCAGAGACGAGCGGAUCUCGCGACUGUGCUGGAGACCUGUGACCAACACAUCAAGACUGCUCAACUGCCCCCACCAGAGAAGCUCAUCAAACAGCUAGUAGAAGAUGUGUUUAGGGACUCUGUCAAUCAUGUGUCUAUGGCUGAGAAUGGUCCUCAACUCACUGACCGGAGUCAGAUGGUCAGGGAGAGGAUUCACAGUUUCUCGGGAAGUGCCUCGUACCAUAACUCUACCUGGGCGCUGAGAAACAGAAGCGACUCAACAUUCCAAGUCGAGCUCAGCAGAGGAAUUGCCCAGGGGUUACGUCACAGAGAGAGUUACUGCAGCUAUCAAUUCCGUAACCCCUGUAUCCCUUACCUGGAUGGCUUUCGCCGUGGCAGCAUCAGACCUAUACCAUAUGUGUAUCUGAACGAGUCCACUGUCAGUCUUAAUGAAAAGAAAGCCAAGGAUGUGGGUCCAGAGUUUUUUCGAAUGUUAGAUGAGCCACUGGUUGUCUUGGAGCUGCCCGGAUCCAUUGUUUCAAAGAAAGGGAAGUCUCAUUCCACUAUGAGGGAGCUGAGUGUGGUCAUGCCAAACGGACAGAGCAUCCUGGUCAAGUGUGACGUCAAGUCAGAAGGAGGGGAAGUCUUUGAUAUGAUUGUUGCCCACUUCAACCUGGUUGAACACUUCUACUUUGGCCUUGCUUACAUUGAUGAUAAUGAGUUUUUCUUCCUGGACAAUGACACAAAGAUAUCCAAGGUUGCCCCCCAUAGUUGGAAGAAAGUGCCUACGUCCACGUUUGUCCUUUUCUUCAGGGUCAAAUUCUUUGUCCACGACAUCGCUCUACUUUUGCACAAGCUGACUCGUCACCAGUACUACCUACAGCUGAGGAAAGAUAUACUGGAGGACAGGUUGUCCUGCCAUGAAGAGACAGGCCUAUAUCUGGGUGCCUUGGCUCUCCAAGCAGAGUAUGGAGACUGCAUGCCUGAGGUUUAUGGGAGGAACUACUAUCGACCAGACCAGUACAUUGCCAAGAGCGUCAUGGAGAAAAGAGCCCUGUCUUACCUAAAGGAGGAGUUGCUACGGUUACAUGCCAUCAACUCCACGAUGAGUACCGACGAGUCCGAGCUUGAGUUCCUCAAGGCCACCCAGCAGCUUCCUGAGUACGGUGUUCUGUUCUACCGCGUGGGGCGCGAGAAGAAGCCAGUCAUCGGAGAGCUGAUCCUCGGAGUGUGUGCCAGAGGAGUCAUAGUGUAUGAGGUUAAAGAUAGCUCUCGCUCCACGAGUCAGACAUUCCACUGGUGGGAAACAAGCAGUAUCUCCUCCUCUUGCCGGAAAUUUGUCAUCGAGAGCAGAGGGAGCGCCAGAAAGCACACCUUUGUCACUGAGAGAUCCAAGAUGGCCACGUACCUGUGCAACCUCUGCUCUGCCCAGCACAAGUUUCACAAUGAGAUGAACUCUCGCCAGCUCGGACACAGUCUGGCCUCAGAGGACAACAUAGCGCAAUAUGCGGCAGUGUGUCAGGCACAGAACAGGAACUCUGAGACCGUACUGACAGACAGCGGUCUGACCACACCGCAGGACGGCUCCAUGACCAAACUGUGUGAUGACAUCGCCGCCAAGAUCGAGGCGCGGAUCAAACAGCACCGUGUCCUCCACGAGCAGGGCAGAAGGAGGCCAUUGCCUGGGAACCUGUCUCCAGCCCUGUCUCGUGGGUCUGGGAAGUGUGGGUCAGAGGUCAACCCCAUGUCCUCAGCAGGCAGAGAUGUUUUUGCCCAAAUGAAGAGAGUCAUACCAGAGAGAGAAGUCAUUUGUGUGUGCUUAAAGAAAGACCCGAAGCUCGGCGUCGGUGUUGUGAUAGUUGGAGAAGACACGGUGGGGAAGUAUGACCUGGGUGUCUUCAUAGCAUCCAUCGUGCGGGGAGGACCAGCGGAUAAAGAUGGUCGCAUCAGACCAGGUGGGCGUCUGAUCUCUCUGAACCACACCAGUCUGGAGGGCAUGACCUUCAGUGAGGCUGCAGAGGUCAUGCAGAACAGCCCACAGGAGGUCACACUCAUUGUGACCCAGCCCAAAGUUUCCUCGACACCCAACAACGUGAGAUCUCCGCUAUUGAAGAACUACGAGUCCCAGACCACUUUGAGGACUAACGUGCACUCUGGGGAGGACGACCUGGAUGAGAUCGUGUCUGUCAUGUUGACCCCAAAGACUGGCAGUAGAUUGCAACUCCCUGAUGUACGCAUCCUCAACGCUCAGGACUGCCGCUCCAGGUCUCCUUCCACAGACUGCUUCAGGGGUGGUGAGAUCUCUGUGGAGCUGAAGAAGAAAGCUGGAGCAGGUUUAGGGAUCAGUAUCGCUGGUGGUGUGAACACAGGCCUGCGUCAUGGAGGUAUCUACAUCAAAAGCCUAGUCUGUGGAGGGGCUGCUGAGCAAGAUGGCCGCAUUCAGUCAGGUGACAGACUGCUGAAAGUUGAUGGAAUCAGGUUUCAAGGGUUCACAUAUCAGCAGGCUGUGGAAUGUCUGGCAAAAACAGGAAAGGUGGUGACCCUGGUCCUGGAGAGGGAGAACAUGAACAGCCUGCCCUGGGUGUCUCUGAGCCCAGACACAGGGUGCCACCUCUCCCCUCAGAGUUCCCACCGGGACAUCACCCAAAAGAGGAACAACAGUUGCCCUGCCGUCAUCACCCCCUUCUUGGUCAAGCCCAAGGACUACAGCUUUGUGUCUGACGGGAACACUUUGGAGGUGACCUUGAAUAAGAGGCUGAAUGGCUUGGGCUUCAGCUUCCUGGUCCCUGAGCUCGAGCCCUCGAAAGGAGACUCGGGCAGUGGUCUUGUCCGGAUCAAGAAGCUUUUCCCUGGCCAGCCAGCGGAGGAGAGUGGGCGGAUCCAGGAGGGAGACGUCAUCCUGGCAGUCAAUGGAGAACCGCUGAAGGGAUUGUCCUACCAGAGGGUGGUCGCGCUGCUGAGAGGCUCUCCUCCUGAAGUCCGGUUGUCUCUGUGCCGUCCUGCUCCAGGAAUUCUGCCUCCCAUUGAAACGUUGUUUGGCACCUGAGUGAUGUCACACCACAGUACGCGAGCACCAAUGGGAGUUCAGGAAUAUACUUCCUGAAAGACAGAGAGGAGAUCUUGGAGGAGCAGGACAGGGGAAGAUCUGUCCAGAUGAAAGAGUAGGACCGGGGGAGAUGCCUGGCCCUCCCUACCUUGUAGCAGAGCACUGGGCCUGACCUCACGGAUUACAGAACCCACCUGUAUGCAUCUCUGCGUUCUAUGAGUCAGAGGGGUUGGAUGAGUCGCCCCGCAGACAAGAACCAACUGUGUCAUGUUGCAACAGCCAGGAGGCACUGCUGAGGUCAACUCGUGUGAGGUGAAGAAAAUGCCAAACGAUGGAAAUCUCUUGCUACUUAGAUUCUGUUGAACACCAGAAGAGGUGAAAGUUGGUUGGACUGGGGGCGUGGGGGUUCUACAGUGUGAACCCUUGACGAUAAGGAGAGAACUAUUAAACAAGCUCAGUUGGUUUGAAGGUGAGGGGGACUGUAUGGUGAGGGGUUCUGUGAACUGUGUGCUUUUCCCUGAAUACGGAUGUGGUUUAAGUUCUGGCACAGAAAGACAAGACGGUAUACAAACAGAAAAGGUGUAUGGUUGAGGUACUAUGGUCACAUAGGGAGGCCUGAUAUAGGAGCAGGACUUAACCACCGUGCUGCUUUAAUAACCUGGUAAUAGGCUGAUAGUCACCCGUGCGUCACAAAGUGACGUCAUUUUGAAUAUUGAGUAGCUCCCGGUGUGUUUAUACUAGAGACUUACCGUUUCUUGUAGUGGCUGCAGCUCAAUCCCCUCUUUCCGCCGAUAUAAGGUUUGCACUUAUUCCAUAACAUGGGUCUUGUGAAAGCUGCCUUUAUUAAUUAUUUUUUUUACACAUGAGAGGAUCCAGACAAGAAAAUCCCUUUUUUUCUAUUUAAUUGGAAAUCAAACUCAAAUCUUACUGGAGGCAAUACCAUCAGAAUCUCACCCCAGAUCACCUCCCAUGAAGGGCAUAAAGCAUGCACUAUGGUCAAGUUCAUAUAGUAUGCAAUGUAGGCCAAGUCACCAAAAGUGCAAACAUUUAGUAUGCGGGAAAAGGGUACAGCCUGACGGUCUUUGUAAAGCAAUGCGUUUCCUUCUCCAUAUGCAUUACCUUGUGUGCAUCCUCCACAUGCGCCUUCGAUCUCUCACUCGUUUGCAAUAGGAAUGGGAAAUGGGAAAAUAAGUUUAACGUUUCUUCACCUGUCUGUGUCUUAUUUCACAAAAUAAACUUGAUAACUUGAAAGCUCUGAUUGCUAGGGUCGUUUUAAGGUGUCAGUCUGGACAAUCUGUUUACCCAUUUUGUGACUCACUACCAAAACCAGAUGUGACUGGUUUCAAAUGGCCAAGAGAGGUCAUGUACUCUCUUACUCCUGUCUAGUGGACAAACUGGGAAUCAGGCAGGAGAUAUAUUCACAUAACUGGGUAGGCAGAGGCUUCUGCUUUCUCCUCAUAUGGAUGUCAUUUUUGUAAUAUGAAACAUUAUUCCUGUAUGAUGAAAAAAGUUAAAGAAACCCUGUAUAUUUCAGGGUUCUGUAAUGUUUCUGACACAUUUAACAGAUACCCUCAGUUCUUACCUUUUUCUAACAACAUGAAUAAUUUGUUUGUAAGAUUUAUUGUUUUGAAACCGAAAUGGUAUUAUUCUUUACGAGGGUAGUAUACAAUAAUAUGCAUCGUUUACAAAAUGCCACUAGAGGGAGCCAGAGUUGAACAGGUUUUAAAUACACCUCACUGUUAUGUAGGGUUGGUUGUUCAGCAACAAAACCGACGGGUGCUCAACUAAGGGGAAAAACAGACUGGGUUGGCUUAGAUCGUUGAUAAAAUUGUAAACUAUAUUUUAUUUAAAACAUAAAUAAAAUUGCACAAUGAGCACUUGUUUUCUCAAAUACAUUUUUACAGUUGUUGGUUAGCUAGCUGGCAAUCUUUUUUUGCCGUAGUAGCAUAAACGUGACAUCAGUCAAAACACCUCAAAACAAGACAUGGUAUCAAGAACAAGUUCAAAACGAGCUGAAACUAGGAACUUACAAUUCACCACCUGGCAGUUUCUUGUCAUUGUUGACAAGAAUCUGAAACUGUCUAUCUGGCCAUCCAGAACCAUAACAACACACGGCCUUCUGCCCCCUUUGAAGUGGUCACAUCGUUUUCGUUACGUUGCCAGCCAACCAGUCUAUAUAUCCCCCUGGCGGUGUUCAUGAGUAGAGAUCAGGUAAGCCAGUUAAGGUGUGACCUGGGGUUAGUUAGGUGAAGUACUUUGGCCAAUAUCCACUGAUACAGGGAUCACAUCUAUUUAAGGUCGAACAGAACAGAGCUCUUACAGAGUGAUCUCAGGCUUUCGCUGCCUGCUCGUGCAGCUAUCAAUUCACACAUACGCUGUUAAAACAUACUAUCCCAGAUUUGAACUAAUAUUUACAUAAUGCCCAGGGCUACAUGGCCUGCCCUCUACCUUUUACAUUACAUGUAUUAUUAAUUUAUUAUUCAACUGUGUAUAUUAUAGCCUGGAGGGGGAUCUCGGACAGAUUGCACCACUAAUGCAGUGCCUAAUCAAAGAAAAGGUAAGCAAAUGAAACAAAUUAUUUGAGCCAUAAAGGUAUUGUCCACUGGGAGGCAGCAUAGGGCUAAAAACGAUUCACUACCCUCUGUUGCUGUCCCUAUCUCAUCUCUCCUUUGCCUCAAACCUAGGUUGGAUGGGGAAAGUCUUACCAAAGAUGUCUCACUAAGAAGUCGUUUUGCUAGAUUUUUGGUUUGUUAUUGAUCUUUUCCUCUCUUUACAGACGGAGCUACAGAACGCCAUAUGGUGCAGCGUGGUGACAGCCCCUGAAACACAUGAAAUGAACGUUACGUCUGACUGUUGAUACACUCAUACGUUCAUCUUUGAAAUAACUCCUACCUCUGUUUAGUCUAAACAUCUGCAGGAUCCCACUGAUUCUGACAUGGUCCUUAGAGCCACACUGCAUGAUGGGUACUGAGUGGCAAAGGCCUAAAUUAGUAGCAGUUCAACCAUGUGGAUGUCUAGCUCUGACAAAGGCACAACAAACAUAAGAUUCUGGUCUUGUUUCUGAAUUCUACUGUAUUAAAGACCUCUUCUAGACAUCAUCUGUGUGUGUGUGUGUGUGUGUGUGUGUGUGUGUGUGUGUGUGUGUGUGUGUGUGUGUGUGUGUGUGUGUGUGUGUGUGUGUGUGUGUGUGUGUGUGUGUGUGGCGAUGACAUUCUCACCUUUACUGUUAAGGUAAGGCUACAAGUUCUACCAACUAAAUCUAAUCUAGCACUCUGGUACCCUGUAGACCAUGGUCCAUGUUGUAUUCUACAUGAGUCAAGUGUAAUGGAGUCCAUUGCCCAUGUUGUGAAGGGCUGCUGUUCAUACAAGGAUUUGUACAUUGCUAGACAUGACCGCACAUUGACUCUGUACCGGUACCCCCUGUAUACAGCCCCGCUAUUGUUAUUUACUGCUGCUCUUUAAUCAUUUGUUACUCUUAUCUCUUUUUUUUGUGGUAUUUUCUUAAAUCUGCAUUGUUGGUUAAGGGCUUAUAAGUAAGCAUUUCACUGUAAG